AGUUGUCCAAAAAGGCUAAACAUCCACUUCACAGUGUGGAUUUGCACUUCACGCACUUCACCUGCAUGCGCGCGGUGCCGCUCGCAAGUCGGACUGUUCUUACCCACGUGUGUGUAAACUGGAGGACCGCGCUGCCGCACUGCUAUUAGUGCUGAUAGUGGAACCUGUUAUUGGAGCAGAUAGAGAAACACCCGCACCGCCUGCUGCUCUUAACUUGGUGCGUAAACGGUUUACGCUUCAAUCACCUUCUUGGCUGCCGCAGGAUUGAGGCUUCCAAACAGCGCACAGGGCGAGUGGUCAGAACCUAGCUGGUGAGUGAAGAUGAUUCCUGUGCUGAUCUGGGCUUUGAUAUCACUGAAUGUAGCAGAAAACGACUUAGAUGCUCUGUACCCUGACCUGGAGCAUUCGAGAACCAUUUAUGUCACAGAAAAUGGCCCCCAACUGUCAGUGGUAGCAGAAAAAACCAAAGUGGUGUCAAGACGAGGGGGAAAUGCUACUUUACCAUGCACGAUUCUAAGGGACCAAACACUGGCACAAAACCGUAAGAUGCGGAUCAAAUGGACCAAGCUGACCUCAGACUAUCUAAAAGAGGUGGAUGUGUUUGUUGCCAUGGAUUAUCACAAAAGGAGUUAUGGCAGAUUCCAUGGACGUGUCCACCUACAAGGUUCUUCGGCCAUGGAUGCUUCUCUAGUCAUUACAGAAAUCACUUUGGAGGAUUAUGGGAGGUAUAAAUGUGAAGUAAUUGACGGGCUGGAAGAUGGAACAGCAGUGGUGUCGCUGGACCUUGAAGGUGUUGUCUUCCCAUACUACCCCCGCUUGGGACGCUACAACCUUAAUUUCUACGAUGCAGAGCGGGCGUGCCACGAUCAGGAUGCAAUCGUGGCAUCUUUUGACCAACUGUAUGACACAUGGCGUGGAGGGAUGGACUGGUGCAAUGCUGGCUGGCUGUCUGAUGGCACAGUCCAGUAUCCCAUCAACACCCCCAGAGAACCCUGUGGUGGCAAGAACACAGUGCCAGGCAUUCGGAACUAUGGGUUGAGAGACAAGGACAAGAACCACUAUGAUGUUUUCUGCUUUACCUCCCACUACAAAGGUCGUUUCUACUACCUGAUCCAACCCUUUAAGCUGACCUAUGAUGAGGCAGUCAGGGCAUGCCAAAAAGAUGGUGCUCAAAUUGCCAAGGUUGGCCAGAUGUAUGCUGCCUGGAAGCUGCUGGGCUAUGACCGCUGUGAUGCAGGCUGGUUGGAGGAUGGCAGUGUCCGUUACCCCAUCUCCCACCCGCGCCGGCGCUGCAGUCCCACUGAAGCUGCUGUUAGGUUCAGUGGCUUCCCUGACAAGAAGCAUAAGCUGUAUGGAGUGUAUUGUUUCAAGGGCCACAACUGAGCCACAACACACAUCCAGCAAACAAUUACAUACACUAACAUGCAUCAACACAUACAAUAAUGAGCAUAAUAAUUGAGAGAAAUAAAACAGAGAAAAAAG